CAGGUCCCUGGCAGCCAAAAUGAAGUCUGUGGUGUCUGUGUGCUGUUUGCUGUCUCUUCUGGCCUUGUCUGCUGCAGAUCUCCUGCCUGACUCCUCUGUCCAAGAUGAGGAGCCUCGGAUGCGUCUGAAGCUCCAGCGGCCAGAGGGAGGCCUCUUUUCCUGUGGUUGUGACACAUCAGAGGAGCAUUCCAGCCAGAGCUCCUCCAACGACACCCCAGCCCCAGAGAGGCCCGUGUGCCAUCCCUGCAAAGCCCCAUCAGCUGCAGAUGCUGAAAAAGACCCAUCCUCCUCAGAGGAUAAGGAGGAAGAGGAAGCACCUCAAGAUGAUUCUUCCACUGAGGUGGUAGCAAGUGAAGAAGAAGAUGAAGAAGAAGUGACAUCAGAUGAAGAAGCUGAGGAGACAGUAGAUGAUCCACCUAUUCCUGAAGACGAGGAGGAGACUUUGGCUGUGGCUGAGGAAGGUGAGGAAGAAGCCAAAAAUGAAAUAUCCCAGGAGGAAGAAGAAGUGAUUGAACCUAAGGAUACUGAUGGAGAAAAAGCGGUUAAAGAGACUGAGGAAUCAGAAGAUGAAGAAACAGAGGAAGCUUCUGUAGAAAUGAAAACUGUGGAAACAGUCCUGCAAGAUGAUACAGAUGUGGAGGAUGCAGCUGAGAGGGAGGCGGUCGAAGUGACCGAAUUAGAAUCAAAAGAAGAACCAGUGGUGGAUCCUGAAACCAACCCUGAGUCUGAAGAAACGGAGCCAGAACUGAUAGAAGAACCAAAAACAGCAUCAGAAGAUAGUUUAGAGACUGAACCUGAACCAGAGGUCAUUGCAGAGUCUCCGGCUGGAGUGGUUUUAGAAAAGCAACAAGAGCCAGGAGUCACUCCACAGGUUCACCCAGAAGCUGUUACAGAGGAGAUAACACCACAGUCGGUUGAGGAAGCAGGAGUGCAGGAUGUAACUGAGGAAAUUACAGUAGAGGCAGUGGAGGAGGUGACUCCAGAGGAGCCUUCACAGUCUAAAUCCAAAGAAGGAGAGAGAUUAAGCGUGGCACCGAGGAACCGUUCCCACAUUGAGGAUACGCUGCGACUGGCGUCUGCUGAACCCUCAGCAGAGUUCUCAGGUGCCGUGAAGACGCUGUUGAACAUCUACCACAAGGCCGUCAAGCCAGUAGAGCAAGCCUUCAAGUACAAUGAGCUCAGGCAGCAUGAAGUCACAGAGGGCGAGGUCACAUCCAAGCCCAUGGUUUUGUUUCUGGGACCCUGGAGCGUUGGCAAGUCUUCUAUGAUCAACUAUCUGCUGGGUCUUCACGGCACCCCCCAGGAACUCUACACAGGUGCUGAACCCACUACCUCUGAGUACACUGUCAUAAUGCACGGCGAGAAGUUUCGGAGCAUAGAGGGCAUCGUCAUGGCGGCAGAUAGCUCGAGGCCUUUCUCGCCUCUAGAGAAGUUCGGCCAGAACUUUCUGGAGCGACUGGUCGGCAUUGAGAUGCCACACAAGCUGCUGGAGAGGGUCACCAUAGUCGACACACCGGGCAUCAUUGAGAACCGAAAGCAGCAGGAAAGAGGAUACCCAUACAAUGAGGUGUGCCAGUGGUUCAUUGAUCGGGCUGAUCUCAUCUUCCUGGUCUUUGAUCCUACUAAACUGGAUGUGGGAGGUGAGCUGGAGAUGCUCUUUCGGCAGAUGAAGGGCCGCGAAUCACAGAUCCGCCUCAUCCUCAACAAGGCAGACAGCCUCUCGACCCAGGACCUGAUGAGGGUCUACGGAGCUCUGUUCUGGAGCAUGGCACCGCUCAUCAAUGUCACCGAACCCCCUCGUGUGUACGUCAGCUCUUUCUGGCCUCAUGCCUAUGCUCCAGACACCAGCCGGGAGCUGUUUAUGAAGGAGGAGAUCUCACUGCUGGAGGACCUCAACCAGGUGAUUGAAAAUCAGAUGGAGAACAAGAUCGCAUUCAUUCGGCAGCACGCCAUCCGUGUGCGCAUCCACACUCUGCUGGUGGAUCGCUACCUCCAGACCUACUACGAUAAGCUGGGCUGGUUUGGUGACCCCCAUGAGGUGUUCCAAGACAUUGUCAAUGACCCUGACAAGUAUUACAUCUUCAAGUCCAUUCUGGCUAAGACCAAUGUCAGCAAAUUCGACCUGCCAGACAAGGAGGCCUACCAGGACUUCUUCGGGGUCAACCCGAUUUCCAACUUCAAGCAGCUCUCCUAUCACUGCAGCUGGACUGGAGGCUGCCUGCUGGAGAAGCUCGAGAAAGCCAUUUCACACGAGCUCCCGGCUCUGCUCAGCAGCGUUAGCAAGAGGACAGAUGCACCCGCCCCUGCGAAAGCUGCAACAACACCGCCGCCCCCCCUCCCUGGUACCUGUGAGGGCCCUGCGUGUGAGGAGAAGCCCAAAAACCGCUGGAGGAGACAGUGAGAUGGAGGAGAAGGGUGCAGGAGGAGGCAGAUGGUAGCUGGGAAGACUGAGAAAUGAGACGGGAAAUGUACCACGAACUAUAGAAACUGGAAGACCCAAAUCAGAAAGUACUUAAGUUUAUUUAUUAGUGCUUGUUUGUGUCUUUAUGAUGUAACAAGCAGACAGAAUAUUUAACCAUGUGGUUUUCAUUUAUCUAAUCGCUCGGCAAUAACGGCUCUCUGGAAUGAAUUUAAUACAUAACAAAACAAGAAUUACAACAUUUUUGCACAUACCUUUUUAACUGCAGUUUUAAUUUGAAGUAUAAAUAACAACAGGUAUGCCCACCUUUCUAUCGGAAGCCACUGCUGUCUACAAGAUGUGCCAUCUGCCUCCAUCAUGACAGGCUCGUAUAAUCUCACAAGAUAUCUGAAUGAAAUCUGAGAGACAUUCUAUCUCACAGCUUUCAAGUUUGUAUAUUAUUUAUUGGCUCUGCUUUUCAUCAGAGAAAAUUCGCUGGCAGUGACUCUACUCUUCCAGCGAUAUUAAACGCUGCAAGUCUCGCGUCUUUUGUGUGCAAUGUCUGAAAAUUCAGUGAGAUCUGCUGUGCUGUGUUUUUAUGGCCUCUACUCAGCUAGCCACCAGGUUAAAUGUCCUAAAACCAGAAUAAGUUUAUAUUAGUACAAUGGAAGAGGGAAUGGUGCUCCUGGUGUAAUUCCACUACCCUACUGUAAACUGUACUGGACUCUGUAUUUUACUAUACAAUGUUCAUUAUACAAACUGUUUUUAUUUGAACAUCUCUGGUGAUUUUCUGUUUAUCCAAUGCAAAAAAACCCAUAAUAACACGUGGCCUUUUCAGCCAUCCAAACUGAUACUAGUGUUACCUCAACAACGGCUGCAGACCACAUGGGCAUUUCCUUUAAAGUGUAAUCUUCUCAUUCUUUUAGGCCUGUUUCUCAUUGUCAUUGUUUUGUGUGAUUUCUUUUGAGUAAACACCAAAAAUCAGGAAUCGUGCCUGUUUCCUUUGUGAGCCUUCAAAGACAUUACCGACGAAAUCUCUCCCACUGAAACGAUUUAUAAUUCAUAUCAUUUGGUUGUUCAGCUGCAAAAUUUAGAAGGCUUUGGGAAUACACAAGGUAAAAGCAUCAGUUCUCGCAACAUGCUGUUUUGGACUGGACGUACUGUGAGUCGAGAGGAAGAAACUGCAGUCAGACUUAUUCACAUAUAUCCAUACAGAUACAUGCUUUAUGGAUCCGAGGCAUAGCGGAACGUGUAACAGCUGAGUGAGCUCACAGCAGCCCAAAUCACAGCAAAAUAGAAACGCUAUGCUUUUUUAGAAGAGGCUGGUUAAUUAUCCUUUGCAGUGAGUGAAGACAGACACCAGGUGGCGCUUCCAUUCAAUGUGUUAAUUGAGUUCAAAGCACUGCAUGGUGAAAAGAAAGCAAUAGGUUGGAUGUAUUUUUAGAAGCUGCGCGUUUUUUGCAGUUUGUUUAACAGCUACACAAACUUGGUAUAGACAAAUCUUUCCGCUUGCUGAUGGUUUGUCAGCAGCUUAUCGUUUUAUAUAGGCUCACAUUUAUUUAAAGGAGUGCAUUUUUCAUUCAUCAAAAGUUUGUGUGUGCGUGAGUAUAAUUAUAUAUCUGUGUGAAGUGAUUUGGAUGGAUCCCACUACAAUCGCGUGCCAGACAAUGCUACACAGUCAGCAGAGAAGUGUGCAGGAACUCAAGCAACAUGAGAUGAGUUCAUAGUUGUAGGACAAAAGUCUGACAAUGUAGGACAGAGUCUGACACUCUGUAAAUACGGGAAAUGGGGGCCUAAACAAUUAGCGCGGCUUUUCUAAAUCACCGCCCACAUCGCAGAUCUGUUCAGUGAUGAAUGAAAUUAAACAAAGAGGCAAUUCAGGCAAUUCAAGCAACAGUGUCUCGCUGCUUCAAAAGCACACAAUGAAACACUGAAACUGAGCUAAACAAUCAAUGCUCUAGCCCACUUAGAAACUACUUUAACAAAGUGACUUGACAACACACUCCAAACAAACUCAUCUUUAGUGUAUAUGAUGGCAUACAAGCAACAUUUCACGUUGCUUGUCGUUCAUUCACUUAUUUUUUGCCUUUCUUUUAUUCCAGACUGUUUGGACACUGGGAAAUAAGUCACUGUACAUGUUUACUUGUGAUUCAGUGUAUUUUUACCACUAUUUGUCUAAAUUAGAUCAAAUAAAUGAUUUUUCAUCC